ACACAAGCACGCCACACAACACACACACACACCCUGGAAGCGGGGACUGCCCCAAGGGGCCCUUGGAGGCCUUCCAUCUUCGGCCUCUGAGGGGAGAAAAAGGCCAGGAGGAAGAGGAGGGCUGAGGAACAACACACACACACACACACACACACUUUCUAAGAGGCCGGGUCGCUGCUGAGGGGACUAUUUCUCUGGGUCUCCGCAACAACACAACCGGGGGACACACACACUUUCAGCCAGUGACCGGUCUGAGGGGAGCCGCUGAGGAGACUUUCUUCUCCGUGUGUCUCUCCUUAAUACAACCUGAGACACACAAACACAGACACACUUUCAGCCAGGGAAGCCGCUGAGUGAGGAGACGUUUCUUUGAGUCUCUCCUCCACAACACAACGGGACACGCACACAUUUUCAGCCACAACACAACCUCAGACAGACACACACACUUUCAGCCAGGGGCGCCACUGAGGAGCCUUUAUUUUUACAACACAACGGGACACACACACACACUUUAAGCGAGGUCCAGGGCUGAGGGAGCCUUUAUUCCUCGCCAUCACAACUGGAGAGAGAGAGAGACGCUCCCUUUCCGCUGAGGGGAGCCAGUGAGGGAGGAAGGCGGCAGCGGCGGCGGGGCUCGGCGUUCCCGGUGCCCAUUCCCGGGCGGGCGGAGGCGGAGGCGGCGGCGUGGUUGUGGGCGAUGGCGCUGCUGCGGGCGCGGGCGCUGUACGACUUCAGGUCGGAGAACCCCGGGGAGAUCUCCCUUCGGGAGCACGAGCUGCUGAGCCUGUGCAGCGACCAGGAGAUCGAGGGCUGGCUGGAGGGGGUCAACAGCCGCGGGGACCGGGGCCUCUUCCCGGCCUCCUACGUCCAAGUCCUGCGGGCUCCCGCCGCCGCCGCCGAGCAGCCCUCGCUGCCCUCGCGCUACGCCAACGUCCCCCCGGGAGGCUUCGAGCCCUUGCCCGCCCCGACAGCCGCGACCACCGCCGCCGCCGCCACCUUCUGCCCCCCGCCGCCGCCCUCCUCCUCCUCCGCGGAGCCUUUAUUCCAGCCGGUGCUCCCUGUCUCUUCCUCCUCCUCCUCCUUCCAAGCCGUGCCUUCUCCUUACCAGGCUGGCAGCGACGACGACUGGGACGACGACUGGGACGACAGCUCCACCGUGGCCGACGAGCCCGGGGUCUUGGGGGGAUACGGCGACUACGAGAACUCGGGGAUCGGAGGAGGCCUAGGCCCUGCUGGAGGCCGGUACCGCCUUUCCACCCUGGGCUCCAGAGGGAGCCACUUCGGAGGCGGCGUCCCCUCCUCCUCCUCCUCGCUGGGGCCCAAGAGUUCCUCCUCGGCCACGGUGAGCCGCAACCUGAACCGCUUCUCCACCUUCGUCAAGUCCGGAGGGGAGGCCUUCGUCUUGGGGGAGGCCUCUGGCUUCGUCAAGGACGGGGACAAGCUGUGCGUGGUGAUGGGCCCCUUCGGCCCCGAGUGGCAGGAGAACCCCUACCCCUUCCAGUGCUCCAUCGAAGACCCCACCAAGCAGACCAAGUUCAAGGGCAUGAAGAGCUACAUCGCCUACAAGCUGGUGCCCAGCCACACGGGGCAGCAGGUGCACCGGCGCUACAAGCACUUCGACUGGCUCUACGGGCGCCUAGUGGAGAAGUUCCCCGUCAUCUCCGUGCCCCACUUGCCCGAGAAGCAGGCCACCGGGCGCUUCGAGGAGGACUUCAUCUCCAAGAGGCGCAAAGGCCUGGCCUGGUGGAUGGACCACAUGUGCAGCCACCCGGUCCUGGCCCAGUGCGACGCCUUCCAGCACUUCCUCACCUGCCCCAGCACCGACGAGAAGGCCUGGAAGCAGGGCAAGCGCAAGGCCGAGAAGGACGAGAUGGUGGGCGCCAACUUCUUCUUGACCAUCGGCGUCCCCACUUCCUGCGGGGGCCCCGCCGCGUCCGCCCUGGACCUCCAGGAGGUCGAGAGCAAAGUCGACGGCUUCAAGAGCUUCACCAAGAAGAUGGACGAGAGCACCAUCCAGCUCAACCAGACUGUCAACGAAUUCGCCCGCAAGCAGGUGACCGGCUUCAAAAAGGAGUACCAGAAGGUGGGCCACUCCUUCAAGGGCCUCAGCCAAGCCUUUGAGAUGGACCAGCAGGCUUUCUCGGUUGGGCUCAACCAGGCCAUUGCCUUCACCGGGGAAGCUUACGACGCGAUUGGCGAACUCUUUGCAGACCAGCCCAGACAGGACCUGGACCCGGUGAUGGAUCUAUUAGCUCUGUAUCAGGGACAUCUUGCCAAUUUCCCAGACAUAAUCCACGUCCAGAAAGGAGCCCUUACCAAAGUGAAGGAAAGUAAGCGGCAUGUAGAAGAAGGGAAGAUGGAGGUCCAGAAGGCUGAUGGGAUUCAAGAUCGCUGUAACAUUAUUUCUUUUGCCACCCUGGCAGAAAUUCACCAUUUCCACAAAAUUCGAGUCAGGGACUUCAAAUCACAGAUGCAGCAUUUUUUACAACAGCAAAUACUUUUUUUCCAAAAAGUAACACAAAAAUUAGAAGAAGCUCUUCACAAGUAUGACAGUGUUUAAUACUUCUUAAUUUUUAGACUUUGACUGAUGGAUGUUUCUUGGCUUAUGAAUGGAAUAGGCAACAGAGGCAAACACCGCUCUCAAAUACCUGUUGACACCUCUUGAGAUGCUUUACAUCAGCUAUUUUGUAUCUGUUCUGGAUUCCAGUUGAACCUAAUCAUUGCAUAAGGAGGAAAUAAUUAUGCGUAUUUAGUGAGACUGUACUACAAAUUGUAACUAAGUUAUACUCCAAAUGCCUACACUACCAUUGUAAUGUUUUUGAAAUAAUGAUUAUACUAUUUGCCUUAUUGCUUUUUUGAAAUAUGGUAUUUUAGUGCAUAUGCUGUAGACCUCAAAACCUUUUGGGUCUUUAAGGAAGUUGGCAAGAUAAAAGCCUACUUCAGAUGCCUUUUUAAAAUUCUCUUCAGUUUGAAUUUUCUAAAUUCAAACAAUUCUCUGUUUACAAAUUCUUAUUAGAGCAGCUAAGCUAUUUUGUGCCUUUAGACUUAACAACUUUUCAUUAUUAUUUUUUUCUAGUACACAUUUUUAUGACUGAUUGAAUGAAGGAUUGGCACCCCUGACUGGGCCUGAAUUCAAACCUCAUAAUGACUGAAAAGUAACUAGACCUGUAACUUGCACACUAGAUAUUAGGAAAAAUGUUGACUGAAAGAAAGAACUUAAAAUCAUUUUGGACUUUGUACUGAUUAAAAAUACUAUUUAUUGUUUGUACCAGGACCUUAAACACACAAGUGAGAAUGCAGCACUGCUGUAGUUCCUUUCUUAACAUGGCACCAUAAAACCUUUCAGUGUAAUUCAUCUUUAAAUAGAAACUUGGACCACUUAUCUAAUAAAAAAUAUUGAAGUAUAUUAGUGGAAGGAAAGCAGAGGAUCAGUGGUUUACCCUUGUACAAAGUGUGUAUUAUUGGCAAGUCUUGUGUGGCUGUUGAUUUAUUUCUCUUUAAAUGUGGCGCUGUAUUGUCACGACUUGAAGCUGUUACAGAUCACAAAUUGUCAUUGCUAUUUAGUGAAAUUACUGGUUGCUUAGGAGGAAAAUAUUAAAAUAGGGAGCAGAGGUGCCAAUUGGGAGAAUGCAUUUUCCUUGUCUGUUUUCCCUCCCCACAUUCCAAAUCAUACACACUAACACACACUAGGUGGCUUUUUCCCUUGUAGGAUUUCAAAAUGUCCAACCGGUAAUCAUUUGGGAACACCCCAAAAUGUACAUUCCUAUAUGUGAGGUCAUAAUUAUAGUACGAACUGUGAGGAAUUUGUCUGUAGAAUUCUGCAGAUUUCAUCUGCUCCUAUGCAACUUGGACAUCUGUGAGUGUUUUUGGUACACUCACCAGUUUUCAGCAAAUCCAUCAGGCCUUUUACACCUUUACAGUGCUCUCUGAUCAUCGGAUUGUACAAGAACUUCCACAAAUGUUGUUUUUGGCAAUAAAUCACAUACCAUUAAAACCAAUAA